AUGGGUAAUGUGACUGAAUUUGAAAGUAUUAUUGAUCAACUUUUAAAAGAUAUUAUGCCAUUAUAUGAACAAUUACAUGCAUAUGUUCGAGGUCGAUUAUGUUCAAAAUAUGAAAAUCGUUUUGAUUGUGAUGGACCUAUUCCAGCUCACAUUCUCGGUAAUAUGUGGGCUCAAACAUGGCACGAUCGUUUAGAUGAUGUUAUUCCUUAUUCAGAUGCUCCACUUAUUAAUAUAACAAAAGUAUUAAUUGAAAAAAAAUUUUCUAUUCAUCAAUUAUAUACAAUGGGUGAAUCAUUUUUUACAUCAAUUGGUCUUUAUCCAAUGACACCAAAAUUUUGGGCUCGUAGUAUGUUCAAAAAACCUAUUGAUCGUAAUGUUGUUUGUCAUGCAUCUGCAUCCGAUAUGGGAUAUCAUGAUGAUUUUCGUGUAAAAAUUUGUACAGAAAUUGAUGAUGAUUACUUUUAUACAGUUCAUCAUGAAAUGGGUCAUAUUGAAUAUUAUAUGGCUUAUAGUAAAAAACAACCAUUUGUUUAUCGAAGUGGAGCUAAUUCAGGUUUUCAUGAAGCUAUUGGAGAUACAAUUGGUAUGUUUGCAAUUUCACCAGCACAUUUAAUAAAAUUGGGUUUUCUUGAUGAAGAAAAUGUGAAUUCACAUUAUGAAAUCAAUUAUCUAUUUCGUUUAGCUUUACAAAAAAUUGCUUUUCUACCAUUUAGUUAUGUUAUGGAUAAAUAUCGAUUUUUACUUUUUCGUAAUGAAAUUGAUCGUAAACAUGAAUUAAAUUCUAAAUGGUGGGCAUUACGUAUUGAAUAUGGUGGUAUAAUGGCAGGUGCACCUCGAAAUGAUAAAAAAAAUUUUGAUGCUGGUGCAAAAUAUCAUAUACCAUCAAAUGUUCCUUAUUUACGAUAUUUUAUUGCUCAUAUUCUUCAAUUUCAAUUUUAUCGUGGUAUGUGUCGAUUACAAGGUGUUACAAAACGAUUACAUAUGUGUGAUAUAUAUGGUAAUAAACAUGUUGGAGAAAAAUUUAAAGAAAUGUUAGGUAUGGGAGCUUCAAAAUCAUGGUCAGAAAUUUUAGAAAAUUUCACAGGAGAAAAUAAAUUAGAAUCACAAGCUAUGUUAGACUUUUUUCAACCAUUAUAUAAUUGGUUAAAAAUGGAAAAUUUAGCAAGAGGUUAUCCGGUUGGAUGGAUGUAA